GCCAAGCUCGACAUUCAAGAUGGCCGACGCAGGCAAGCUCAAGGAAUUUUAACAAAUAGGGAAUAUUAUUUCCAUCUCGUUCUUCGUUUCAAAAAUUUCUGCUUAUGAAAGGUGAGAUUAAGAUGCAGAGUUUCCAUCUGUGUCACCAUUAUUGAGGGAAUACUCGGUGAGAAAUGAAACUUCCUUGUUUGAGUGCAGCGAGGAUUAUGUUUCCUGGGCGACGACAGUUAAAGUAUGUCAGCAUUUGACGGAAAUCCGCGAAAGAACGUGUUAGAGAGGUAAAGAUUCAAAUUUUCUGGAACAUGAUAAGUUUAUUAUUAAGUCUGGCAAGAUUUCCGCGCAGUCCCAUAUUUCAUUGUGCUUACAGAUCCUCCGUUUGGAACUCCUUUUAGUACAUGUUUGGUAAUUAAGCCCCACUCUUGAUUUUAAAAAUAUGUUGAGGGAAAUCGGAAAAAAUUUCAAAGCUCAGAGGGGGGCUCCUGAGGGUGCCUUCUGCUGUUGCUUCACCCCUCCCCCUUAAAAAAUCUAGCUAUGGCCUUGAGCAUGACUUUGCUUUCUUUGCAAUUGUAUUAUACCUAUUGCAUUUCCUUUGCGUUAGAGAACCUUGAAGUUGCUAACGCGGCAUACAUUCUGUGCUAGGCUAAGGGACAGAGAAAGAGGCAGGGACUGGUCUGCACUUGACAAGACCUACAGAAAUCGAUCGUGGUCAGCAGAUUCCUAUACAGGGGAGAAAUUUGUCCCUCCAAGGAAACCGGGAAGCCCUGCUUACCUCCCUAAACUUGAAAACCGUCCAGCCUCAGUGGAUUCAGAUUAUGAACAAGAUUUAAAACGUGGAAACCUGAAAGUCAUUCCUCCAUUACCUGCUGGAGAACAACAUGGUGUAUCUCGAAGGUACAUGUUACUGAACAUGGCGAGGAUUCUUAUUUAGAUAUCUUUGGCAAUGAAAGGGCGAUGCACUUAUUAAAGACAAUGCUUAAGGACCAAACAUGGUUCAAAUUUAGGAUAACAGGGUCUGGAUAUCCAGGAUUUCUUGAACUCCUUCUUUCAGAAUAAUUCAAGCAAUUUUUUCAAUGAGUAAUAAAACUCCCCAGGAAACCAAGGUGGUGUCUGUAGUUACAAGAUUUGUCAACUCUUUAUUUCCAAAUACAAUAUCCCCUUAUAAUUGAGAAAUUCAGAAUUUGAAUACAACUUUAUGUUUCAACUCUAUAUGAGUUUCUGUUCUCACUGGAAAGAGUUAUAGAGUGAUGUAUAUUUCUGUUUUCUUCUUCCACUAACAGGGAUGAUCGAAUCAAAAGGAAAAUUUCAAGAAAAGAAAAUCAGGCUUUUCAGGGCCAAAACAGCAGCUAUCCAUAUGCAGCUCUGCCAUCUUACUAUCCCCAUCCACCUGUGGCACCCCCUCCCCACCCCCCUUUGAUGUACCCAGUUCCCAUGAUCCCAGUGCAUCCUGGGUAUGCACCUUGGAUUGCACCCCAGCAAGGCUUUAAUGGAGUCAACAGUGGUCUUUUUAAUGCGCAUCAUGCUGAAAGGUAAUGCAUAAAGCUCGGUAGAUGGAUCAGAAUCUCUUGUAUUCCCAGGUUUCAAACAAUGUUUACCAUAAAUAAGACAUACAACAUGUCAAUGAUAACAGAUUUAAGGUCUCUGAUCAUUCUGUGAUCAUUCAGGUCAGUGACCAGGGAGGUUCCAAGGUAUUUUGGCACCCUCCUUCUUAUCAGACCUGUGUUUUUUUUUUUAUUACUAGUUUGACACCAAAAUUUUUACUAUAACAGGAUGACAAAUUAUUAUUACUACACAAUAUGAAAUAUUUUAUAUUUACCUAACUUACAACCUUUCUUAAUUCAGUUGGGCUACUGUGUUGAGGAAAAAAAAAAGCUUUUGUGUUUUCUUAAUCAAAGCCUGGAACCUUCCCCCACUCCCCCACCUUCAUUAAAAAUUCUUGGAUCUUACCCUGCAGGUUUGGGAAGGACUGUUUUUGGUUACAGGGACUUGUAUAACAACAACCUGUAUUCUUCCUAGCCCAACCUAUAUAUAGUUACAAAACUGAAAAAAAUAAAAUCAAAGUACUAGCUGUACGGAAUAAUAGGCAGGAUUGAUGGAGCCAGGUAUCAGAAGAGUCAAUUACAGUCUAAUUCAUUUGCACUGAUCAGUCCAUUGUGGAUGAUGUUUAGAUCUUUUGUAGCCCAUUCGGAUAAGAUGAUCAAACAGGUGUAAUUUAGAUGCUCCACCUGGUUUGUUUCAGGUCUGUUGCAUUCUGAAUGAAUUUAAUUUUCUUCUUCUCAGACCACCUCACCAGUUAUCCCGAUCUCAAGCAGCAGUUGUCAUCCAAAAAUAUCACAGAGGCUGGCAAGUCAGGAAGGUUAGGCACUUGUGAUCACUAGGGACAAAGUUAAUGUAUGAUAAUAUACAAAACUACUAGGCUAGGCAUUGCAACUUCACUGAAUGUAUAAAAACUAUCUUUAAGUCGACAGAGAUAUGUUUUAAUCAACACCACACUCUAAACAAGUAUUUUUGUUUUCAAUUUUGUUGCUCUGGCAGGGUCCUCGAUUUGCACUCUGGCGCCACAUGUGUAAUAGGAAAUAUUCGCGAAAAUUUGUAGACGAUUUGAUUAACAGCUUCCUAAUUGAAGAAUUUGUUCCAGAUGUCUUGAUUGAUGUUUUGGUUGGUAAGAAAUUCUUGGUAAGUCCCAUCACUUUGUUGUCCUAUUGUAAUUUUGAUGAAUUUUCAAGAGACUUACUUUGAAUCUCCAAUAUUAAGAAUUUUUUAGAAUAAUUUUAAAACUCUGCACACUUCUUGAUUACCACUAUAGAUUUUCAGAGGAUGCUCAAUUUUCUAGGGUUGCAAGGAUAAAAAAAUUAUCAGACCAAAAUUACAAGGAUAUUUUAAAGUAAUAUAAUUUUGCUCUGUAAAUAUCAGAGUAUGGGCUCAUACAUCCAAAUAGUCUUAAAAAGCAGCUUAUCAAUAAGAAACUAUUCUUAGUGGUAGUACAUUAAACAUAAUCAAAUUAAAAAUUUCCAAUGGGCUCUGAAACUAAACUAGUCAUGGAAAAUUAGUAAAUUAACUGAGUUGAUAAUUUAAAUUGGCCACUGUAAAGAGUUUCAAGGCUGACAUUUCAAGCAUUACCCCUUCAUAAGUGCAAAAGACAAAGGACUAACCCUCGAAAGGUCACCUUUGAAACUCUUUACAGUGGCCAAUUUACAUAAUUGACUCAGGUGUUAUUGCUAAGUUACCCUGUUAUACUCUCAAACUGACACAGCAUCACAGUUUCUUAAGAAUAGUUACCCCUUUUAUACAACUUAACUUAAAACAAGUGUUAGCUGAUGGUAAGUUUUGUUUCAGUCUGUGCAAGAUCCUAGAUACAAAGCCAGUGAAAGGGUCUGCAAAGAGAUCAUUGAUCAAGAUGUAACUUCCUUUAUUCAUGAGGUCACCCUUGGUGUCUAUUAUGCUCAUCAAGGAAUGUGAGUGUUAUUUUUACAACCUGUGCUACAGUACAGUCCCUUGAAUUUUGGAUAUCUCAACUCUCCCAUUAUUUGAAAUGUAGGAAAUAUCCUUGACAGUAGAAGUGUGUUGCCAGAAUAUCUGCGCUGUCAGAAAUUUGUUAGAAUAUUAGUACUUCAAAUCCCUUAGUCAAGACUCCUCAGACUGGUGAUCAUUUUGGUUAUUUUCCUGGUCUUAAUAAACAAUUUAGCAGUAUUCUGGUAAGGAGAAAUUAGAUACUGGUCACUCUUUGGGUUUUAAAGGUUUAAAUACUUCCUAGAUAAUCAGUUACUGAAUAUUCCUUUUGCAUUUGCUGUACAGUGCAAUGAUGUUCAAAAGGAAAAUAAGGUUUUAGACACCUUUGGGAAUAAAUGAAUUUGAAGAGAACAAAAAAGUCGAAGCAUGAAAUUUUCAAAACAGCUAUCCUAUCCUUUUUGCAUCUGUUUGGAAGAACUGCAGGGCAAAAAAUUCAUCUCUUCUGUCCUCUUUGUGUUUUCAUGGAUGUGUACUAGUUUCUUUUUUUAAAUGUAUAUUUAUUUACCUAUUUGUUUAAAUUUUUUAUGCUUAGUGCUUACUCCAGAAGAGAUCCAUCUGUAAAAGCAUGUGAUAGUAUCAUAGGUGAAGUUGUACAGGAAUUUGCUGGGCAAGUUGUGCGAUCUGUGGUGGAGGAAAAGGUCGUGGGUCACAUGGCUGUAAUCAAAGCUGGUGAUUGGUUAGAGGACUUCAUAUUGGAGACAAUUGAACCAAUGAUCCCAGUAGUGGUAAGAAUAUUAUCCAGGACUUCAAAGUUAAUUUCAAAGAGUCUGCUUGUUUGUUUGUUUGUUUUUGUUAGUAAGUUUUUUUUUUCUUUCUACAUUGAAGCAAUAUAGCUGUGGUUUCUUAAUGAGAGCAAGCUAAUUUCCACAUCAAGUGGCUGAGGUUUGAGUCCAGUAUGGGGUCCCUGUGUUAUGUUCUUGACUGUGAAAGACUAGUUACUUUUUGCCUCUUUCCCAACCACCAGUAAAUAAACACUAGAAAAAAAUCAUAAUAACUAAUAAUGUUGGGGGUUCAUCAUGCUAAGAUACUCAGCUUGAUGAAGAACAUUUUAGGAUAUUUAGCUUUGGAUUAGGCAGGUAACUUGUGAAUAAGUCUUGACUUUGAUAUCCAGUUCAAAGAUGCCAGUAGGUAUUGAGUUUACCAUAUGAAACAUAAAAGGAGACAAUUUCAUGUAUACUUUACUCUUUAACCCAUAAGAGUGACUAGCAUCCAAUUUCUCCUUACAAUAUCACCCCGAAUCCUGCAGGAGAAUAAAGGAAAUGAUCACCAACCAAAGAAUAUCUUGAUUGUCAAAUAAAUUCUCCUUGUCAGCACCUUAGGAAAUGUAAAGAGAAUUGUUUGGAGAGUAUGCAGACUGAUCUUAGGGUAAAAUGGUUAAGCAAAUUUUAACACAAACUAUAGUUUUCCCUUCUUAAAUAAUUUAAGUUACACUAUGAUGAAAGGUAAUUAAAAGGCAGCUUGGUUCUUUAAAAGCCUUAAGAUACCACAAGAAACAAUACGGUAUUUGACUUUCAUUCGCUCUUCAGGUCUCUGAAGCCAUGGAUGGAUUCCAAAAUGAUGACCCACUUGAUGAAGUUAUCGAUGAGGUCAUAACGUCUGAAUUGAGACAAAUCGUUAUCGAUGUUUGGCGGGAAAUGAUGGAGGUUGACAGAGAGAAACAAGUGAAAAAGGUAACUCCUUGCAACUUGCGAGCCGAAAUGGUACCGCAAUAUUUAUUGUAUCCACAGCCAAAAGUCCUUGGCAAGCUGGUAUUUUCUGGAAGGGACUACAGUGGUCAUGGUCAUAAAAAAGGUCGUGAAAAGUAAUAAUUUUGAUCCAAUGUUAGCUUAAGAUAAUACCCAUUUCAUUUAGCGCGAAUUUGAAUUCACAGUUGAAACGCUAUGGAUCUAGAUAUUUUGCAAAAUUUUUGAUUAUAAAUGAUGACUUUGUUGGUAGUAGAACCAAUUUCGAUAGAGUAUCGCAUGACCAAAAUCAAAGUAUUUCACAACUGCCAAUCAGUACUAUGGAAAAUAUCAGAAGGAACUCAAGUACAAUCAAAAUAGAAACAAGUUAACUACUUAUCUCGAGAAAAGGUGCGAUCGGCCAUAGGGCAAUUUUCUAGCCCAAUCACAGAGCAUGGCGUAAGUUUUUCUUUUAAACCAAUCAUGGAGCGUGGCGCGUGUUUUCCAGACUUCACACAUAGCGUGACGUGAGUUUUCUAGAUCAAUUACUCAGCUUAGUUAAACAAAAGCAUUAGCAUCCUGAAUCACUUUCAGUCCUCAACUUUGAACUGAAAGCCACGUUAGGUAUUUUGAUGACCAUGCAGUGAUGUUUGGUUAACAAGUCCAAUUAAGAUCUACUUCUCUCGUACAAAGAUUUGAAGAAAUUAUAUGAAGUUCUGCGAAAAACAUAGGUGAAAAAGGAGUUAGAAUGAUUUUCCUUGGUUUUGUCUUUGCAGCUGUCUGUGUACGCAGAGGAUCGCCUGUUAGACUCACUGUGUCUUCAGCAUCUUCUGAGUCAGUUAGCUGGUGAUAAUCUGUCCUUUCACGUCAGAGGUUAUGCACAACAGGCUUUAGACGGUAAGGAGACGAUUUCCGAUUAUAGAUACUAGAGUGUGAUUUGACAUUUUAGACACUAGUGUCUGAUUUCCGAUUUUAAACAUUGGAGUCUAUUUUUUUUUUAGACACUAGUGUCCGAUUUCUAAUUUUGAACACUAAUUUCCGCCGUCCAAUUUUGAACAUAAGUGUCCGACGUCGAAUUUUAUGUCCAGUUUUAGACGCCAUUUUCCGAUUUGAGGCACUAGUGUGCGAUUUUGGACACUUUGUCCGAUUUCCGACUUUGAACACUGGUGUUCUUUUAUAGACACUUGUCUCCGAUUUUAGAGACUAGCUUCAUAUUUUAGACAUUAGUAUACGAUUUUAGACUCAAGUGUCUCAUUUUAGACACUAGUGGACACCAGUGGUCAUUUUUGCAAUCUUGUUUCCGAGAUUAGACACUAGGGUCCCAUUUUAGACAAUAGUUACGAUUUGAUAUUGGAAGACUCUUUAAAUUUGCCAUGACAAAUUGAUGAAUGGGAACGCGGAAAUUUUAAACCACCUGUAGCUGUGCAAUCACUGUUGUAAGUUAUGAUUGUUUAUCAAAAGAACGCCAAUAAUGUAGAACCCUUUAAAUAUUUAUUACCCAAACCUAGCUCGGAAUUAUAUUCUUUUCCUUUACAUGCGUAAACAACCGGACAAAAUGUCUGGUCCUCUUAAGAGUUGACUCGAUGAAACAUGUGUUUGGCCGGAUAUUGUCCAAAUACCGGCCGUUAGUUCCAUCCCUGAUGCUCGGGAGAAAUUUUUGGUGCUGUCAUCACCUUCAUAAUUAAUUUUGGACGGUUUUUUUUUAAUUUUCCAGCGACAAUCUUAGAAAACUGCUCGUCUUUCCUUUUUGCAAUUUUUUUCUUUUUUUUCCAAUAGAAUAGAUAUAAUUACUGCCCAUCGUUAAAAUACAGUUUCAUUUUUUGUCACAGGCAUGUUGUGUGGAUUGCUGAUCCGUAAUUAUUUGGCCGUGAAUGAUCAACUGGAAGCGACACAAAGCAGCGCUGCUGUAAAAGAAUUUCAUGAAGAGGUUUUCUGUGAUGUGGUAAAUAAAAAACUGCAAAUCUUCUGCAGUAUUCUUUUAAAUGCUGUUUGAUGUAGUAAGUGCUUUCAGCAAUAUUUAUUGAGACCCAGAUGUAGGCACUAGGAAACAACUUAUAAUUUGAAGAGGUGUGAUGUUGGUGAUAACGCUAAUAAUAGCAUAAUGUACCUAUUUAGAGGAUCAAAUAUGCUUUAAUUUUUCUAAAAAAACUCUCCAUGGUAGACAUUUUAUUUCGCGAUAGACGGUAAAGGAAUUGUUUGUUCUUUCCACGUAGGCAUUGGAUGUUCUUUUGGAAGAAUUGACAGCAAAUCUGGAUGAAGACAUGCAAGAUCUACUAGAACACGAAAAUCAAAGAAAUACUUUCGACCUUUAA